CGGCGGGAGAUGCAGCAGACAGCAGCUCCAACAGCUCACGCGCUCGGCUCACACUCACCGGCACCAACAGCACCAGCACCAGCACCAUGGUUCUCAUCUGGACUCAAUUCGGCGUCAAACACAAGAAUGUCAAGUGCAAAGUGAAAGUGAUCCACGGAGAGGAGGGAUGGACCCCUGAGGAGGUGCGUGAAGAACCUGAGGUGUCUAGCCCCCCGUCCUCACCAGAGUGUGUGGAUUACUACUCUAUACUCGGUGUGUCAAGUGACUCUAAUGAGGAGGAGAUCAGACGGGCGUACAAGCGUCUGGCGCUUCGUUACCACCCAGACAAGAACCCAGACGCAGACGCAGAGGACAAAUUCAAACAGAUUGCACAAGCCCACGAUGUUCUGACCGACCCAGAGAAACGCACCAUCUAUGAUCAACAAGGUUUGACCAAAGUGGGUGUGGCUCCAGCUGGAAACAAAAGCGAUCCCUCCCACAGCAGCUCAAAAGCCGACGCCCACUCCUGGCACGUGUUCUUCAACUUUGAACUUGACUCCGAUGACGACCUGUUUAACCCAUUCCUGAGGAACCCCCUGCCCCACCUCAGCCGUAACAAGGGCGGGCUAAAGCCAUCGGGCGUGGCCGAGGUUCACGAACUCCUCGUGUCACUGGAGGACAUCUUGAUGGGCGUGACGAAGCGUGUGAAAGUGACACGCCUCCGGCAGGCGGACAAACACGCGUUGAGACCAGAAGAGCGCGUGUUCGACGUGGAGGUGAAGAAGGGGUGGAAGGAGGGCACCAGGAUCACCUUCCCCAAGGAGGGCCAUCAGAUGCUCGGCCACGCCCCUAACGACCUGGCCUUCGUUAUUAAGGAGAAGAAGCACGCCCAUUUCAGACGAGACGGCUCGCAUAUUGUGUACACCUCCACCAUCACUCUGCGAGAGGCUCUAUGUGGGUGUACGGUUAACGUCCCUACGCUUGAUGGACAGAUGAAGCCCCUCCCAUGCAGUGAUGUCAUCAAGCCCGGCUCAGUGAGAAGGCUCAUAGGGGAGGGGCUUCCCCGAGCGAAAAACCCCGCCCAGCGCGGCGACCUACUGGUUGAAUUCCAAGUGGUUUUCCCAGAUCGAAUUCCUCCAAGCAGCAAGGAGAUCAUCAAGCACAGCUUGGGACAGUGUUAACUUAAGACAACCCACACUAAUUUCAGUGAUGGACUUAACGUCAGCUGUUUGUCUCUGUGAGGCACACACACACUUAAGUGUGAGACGGGAUGCUCACACAAACAUAUUGCACAUAGGUAUGUAAUACCUGCGUAAGUGUGAUUCGUACAGAGAUGAAGUGUUUGAGGAAAACACACGAACACGGCGCACGCACUGAACACACACCUACACUCCUCUGACUGAAGCGCAGAGGUGUUACUCUGAAGUGUUAGCAUACUUCUUUAUCCAUGACGACCUUGUACUCAUGUACAGAACUGUCAGUGAUUUAGUCUCUAUGAGAGAUCCCUGUGUCAUGUUCCAAUGAAUUAUUUGUAAAAAUUAUACAGAGAAAAUGUGACUUUAAGAUAUUACCUGGCAUGUAAGAUGAACGCAUGUUUUGUAAGCAGAAAUAAAGUUUUAUUAUUGAAAUGA